AAGGCGUGGCAGGAUCAUUGCACAAAACAGUCCCCUCUUGUGCUCUUCCCCUCUGGCCAUUCAAAUUGCAGUGCUUGCAAACCCAAACCCACCCGGACGGGCUCCAGGCCGGGGUGGGUGAGUGAGCCAGUUGCUUGCAGACAGGGCUGCACGGCCGCACCCCAGCCGCCCGCCGCAGCCGAUCGCAUGGAGCGUACAGGCUCCCCCCUCUUCGGGGGGCAGGCCGGCGGUGGGGGUGGCUUUUCCCCCCAUUGCACGGGAGCGAGCCAAUCCUGGAGGAGGAAGGAGACCGCGCGCAAUUUAAACCCAAAGGCGAUUGAAGAGGCGCUGGGCAGCUGCUGGUGCGAGCGGGGCCGGGCUGGGCUGGGAGCGGUGGCUUUGUCUGAUCCCCUUAGAAGCAAGACUACUCCAAGAAGUGAAGAGUGAUGGCAUCCGUGUUCCAAAGUGUUGGGGCUACAGUUGGCUGGAGGAGCCACCAGCUACUGGCUGACUUUGAGAAUGAGAGCCCAGUGCCUGACAAAUUUAGAAAGAAGCCUUCUUCAAGCUCUCUCAAUACCCUCCGCAUGUCUCUGAGAAAGCGAAUGCCCUUAAAGCAAGUAGAGAUAAACCUCGGUGAGAAUCCAACUUGGGAAAGUCUGGAAGCGAAAGAGAAGCGACAAACCCUCCGGGCUAUCACAAGAACAGCAAAAAAUGCCUUUGGAACAGUGUCCCAGAAAAUACAGAAGUCCUGCCAAAAUCGCACGCAGUCUCUAGUCAUCUCUCCAGCUAAAAUCCCUGCAAGGAGAAGUGGCAACAUUAGCUCUGCCAAGAAGAGAAGCACUUCACCUCGAACUCCUAGUCGGAAGAAUAGGCUGGCCACAAUGACCACCCCAUUGUCUGGUCCCAGUUGCAGCCCCAGGUCCAGCAAGAGAGCCUCCCUUUCAUCCAGAUCUGCAAAGAGCUUGGUGGGGAAAGAAUGGAGGAGUUUCUCUUACUGGCUUGGAAAAGAAGCUGUCCCUCUCCGGAGAUCAAGGAGAGCAGCUGCUCUAAAGAGCCCGUACUCAUCACCUAUGCCUGCCAGCAGAAAGAGAGAGUUUGACUGCGAGUUAGAAUCAGUCUCUAUGGGAAUUCGCCGCCUGAAACGUCUUUCUCAGGUGUUUGAUGAUGUCAUUGUGAGAGAGGAGAGAGAACAAGUGAUAUCAAAUUAUCAGCAUCUAAUGGCACAAAACUUGCGAUCUGUGCAUCAGUCUCGGAAACUCUCCCAAUCUGCUUUCAGACGGCGUGCAAGGAGGCUCCAGCAUGCAGUCAGCACUUGGACGGAGAUGGCCUUAAACAGUAUUAACAAUGUGUGAGCAAAUGAAGGAUUAACUAUCUAUGGGAGUUGGAGGGGUGUAUUGUCUUUUUGGAUUUAAGUGAUUGUGCUUUGAAUAAGCCAUUAACUUUUUAAAAUACUACCUUUCAAUUCAGCUCAGGUCUUUCCUUCUAUGGACGUCUCCUGCCAGUGGUGCAGGGAUGAUAUUAAAAAGUAUAUCAUUUGACAACCCCUAUGGUAUUGCCCACCAAUGGAACAGUAAACUGAACUCACUUAACCAGUACUUACACUAGACGAUGCCUGUCUAAUUUGAAUUGAACUUUAGGGCUAGAUUAAAUACUACUGAAUGAUUUUAAGGAAAGACAAUAGCAUCUGUGUCUGACACCUGAUCUGUGAAAUUGGAAUAAUUGCUUCCUAUACCUCCCCCAGGAGAUGUUGAGGACUUAAGUUUCUACAGAGCUUUGAAAACUGAAAAAACACCAAAGCUUAUGCUUUUCCAAAGUGCAUGAAUUUCAGUGGGAUUUAGUGGCCUUUGAAGACUUUAUGCUGUGCACCAUAGUAGACAAAGUAGUGUCAGGCUCUGACUUCAGUUACUGUGGGUUGACAUCGGAAUUCUGUAGUUACUCCAGAGUGACACUGGAAUUAAAGAAAUUACUGCCAAAGUGAAUUAAGAUAAAUAGAAUCAAGGCAACUUGAAUUCUGAAUGAGCGUGUCCAGGUGAUUGAAGUCAGAAUGUAUGACCCCAUACAGUUCACAGGGUUUGACUGACUAAUGUAACUAUUUCAUUUUAACUGCUAACAGUUGGGGCUUCAUUUGUCUUUCAUGCUACUGCUAUAAGACAUCAACAGCUGAGGUAAAUAUUGCUCUUGGAACAUGUACACACAACUGAAGACACUAACAAUUAAUAUACUAAAGUUGGAAGUAACACUUGUUGCUUAACAUAAUUUUGUGCAGUGGCACUAGUUAAGUGUUUCUAAUAGCUUUAACAUCAUUUUUAUAGCAAAAGAAGGUCAGGCUCUAUAAUAGAGGUAAUCUUAGUUUAGCAAAAAUAUUAAUUCUCUAACAUUUCAACAAAGCAAAGGAGGUGUGUUUUCCAUAAACCUCUAGAACUCAGCACCAAUGCUGUUCCUUGAGCUAUAGCUUUUUUCUAAAGAGAAUAAGUAAACAAGGAGGGGAAGUGUCUUUAAAGCAAUCUGUCAGUGUGCCACUACAAAAUAUUGACAUUUAGAAUUUUUAAACUUUGACUGUUUGUGUGAAUUCUGUUGCCACUUAUUGUAGCCAUCUGAAAUCUAUCACUAUUGUCUUGCUUCAUUCUCCCUAAAAUAUUCUAUUGGUAUCGAAGUCCAAAUUUUGUAAGCAAUCUUGCACGAAUGCUGCCCCUAUCUAUAUUUAAAUUGAGAUUAACUCUUUUUUUGCCUGUUGACAAACCAGACUGUUGAAAAGGUAAAACUUUAACAAUGGGGUGGAACCCCUUCCUAUUUGGAUUUAAAAAGUAGAUAAGGUUUAUUAUUUUAAACCAGGGGAGGGCUUUUAUUUGAAGUUUUACUUGUAUGUACUGAUCCUUGACAAAAUAGACCUUUCAUUCUA